UGUUUCUGGUUUCUUUGCCUCGUGUCUGUGUCUUUCAACCUAAACAAUGGAUAGAGAAGAUCAGAAGGCGUCUCUACUGUCUCCAUUGGUACAUAUCACAGUGGAAGAUAGACUCAAAGUUGAUAAUAAUAUAGAGCGAAACAAGGAUAAGGCAAUAGAGAGAGCUGAAGUGUAUGAAGAAGUGAGGAAGCAGUUAUGGCUAGCAGGGCCUUUAAUAUCUGUUUCUAUAUUAAAUUAUUCCCUACAAAUUAUAUCUGUGAUGUUUGUGGGGCAUCUCGGCGAAUUGCCCCUCUCUGGUGCUUCAAUGGCUACUUCUUUUGCUUCUGUCACUGGUUUUAGCUUAUUGGUGGGAAUGGCUAGUGCUUUGGAUACCUUGUGUGGACAAUCAUAUGGAGCAAAGCAGCACCAUAUGUUAGGCAUACACAUGCAGAGGGCCAUGCUUGUUCUUAUGAUUGUUAGCAUACACCUUGCAUUUAUAUGGGCAAACACAAGAUCCAUUCUAAUUGCCCUCGGCCUAGAUCCUGAAAUAUCUGAAGCAGCUGGACAAUAUGCUCAGCUAAUGAUUCCAAGUCUUUUUGCCUAUGGAAUUCUUCAGUGCCUCAACAGAUUUUUGCAAACCCAAAAUAUUGUAUUUCCAAUGGUGUUCAGCUCUGGAGUCACUACUUUACUGCAUAUUCUUAUAUGUUGGACUAUGGUAUUCAAAUCUGGACUUGGGAACAGAGGAGCUGCCAUUGCAAAUGCUAUAUCUUACUGGAUAAAUGUCUUGAUCCUAACACUCUAUGUCAAGUUUUCUCCCUCAUGUUCAAAAACUUGGACUGGAUUUUCAAAAGAGGCUUUGCAUGGCAUCCCUUCUUUUCUUAGAAUUGCAAUUCCUUCUGCUGUUAUGGUUUGCUUGGAAAUGUGGUCAUUUGAAAUGAUGGUUCUCCUCUCUGGCCGUCUUCCAAAUCCAAAAUUGGAAACAUCAGUUCUUUCUAUCUGUCUGAAUACUUCAACAACUGUUUGGAUGAUCCCCUUUGGACUCAGUGGAGCUGUAAGCACUCGUGUAUCAAAUGAACUAGGAGCUGGUCAUCCACAAGCUGCACGUUUAGCUGUGUAUUUUGUCUUUAUAAUGGCCAUUAUUGAGGGAACUUUUAUUGGAGCAGUGAUAAUACUAGUACGCAAUAUUUGGGGCUAUGCAUAUAGUAAUGAAGUAGAAGUUGUCCACUAUGUAGCUAUCAUGUUGCCAAUUCUUGCGACAUCCAUUUUCCUGGAUGGACUCCAGUGUGUUCUUUCAGGCACAGCUAGAGGAUGUGGUUGGCAAAAAAUAGGUGCUUUCAUUAAUCUAGGAUCAUACUAUUUAGUUGGGAUUCCAUCAGCUAUCUUAUUUGCUUUUGUCAUGCACCUUGGUGGGAAGGGGCUUUGGCUAGGGAUCAUAUGUGCACUAGUUGUUCAAGUGUCAUGUCUUCUAAUCAUUACUAUACGUACUGAUUGGGAACAAGAGGCAAAGAAGGCUAAAGAAAGGGUGUAUCAUUCAAUGAGAGCUGAGAUCAUAGUCUCAUAAGUAUAAAUGAUCUUUUCACCUACUAUAUUUUAACUACUUGUGGCAAGAGAAUCUAACCUUGCAUUCAAUCAAAGCCAAGUCUCUCAAAUGAGCACAUUUAUCUAUCAAGAAGUUACAGGAUCAAAUAUUGCACCUGUAGUACGUUGUACUUCAUAACUUCAUGUAAGAAGUUAAAAUAAUAAGAUUUAGCAUACGGUAGAAUAUCAACAAGUGAAUUAGGUGUUAAUCUUAAUAGGAAAU